CAAUUCUAUUGAUAGAAAUAAGCACUUCCUGUGUAAAUAAGUUUCGUUUUUCCUUCUGGAUCGUCACAAUAAUGGCGAAGAUAACUCAACGGUUUUUGUCAGAGGUGAAGGAGCACUUAGAACCAAGCGAUGUUUUGGAUCAUUUUACGUCCCUACCAGAAGACGAGGUUUAUAUGAUAACUCAGCUACAAGAGGCUGGCCACAGAGAAAAAGCAUGUAUGAAGUUUUUGAAGUUAAUCCUUAAAAGGGAAAAUGAGGAGGAGAUAUUGGAAAAUGUUGACAAACUCAUCAAUGCUUUCAGAGAAGAAGGCUACCAGAGGCUGGUGGAUUGCUACGAGAACACUGACGAUGAAGACCGAGCUGCCGAUGAAGAUUUCAUGGAAUUCCUGUUCAAGAUGACAAAACCGGAACUGAUGAAUGAAAUCGACGCAGCCUCUCUGAUCCCGAUCUUAUUGGCCAAAGGUUACAUCAAGGUCAAGGACCAGCAGUACCUGAACUCUCUACAGGUUGGGGACAGGUCUGAGGCCUGUAGGGAGCUGGUCAGGAGGAUGAAGAAGAAGCACAAACACUGGGCCGCGGCGCUGUUCGACGCCCUUAAUGAGACCCAGCCAGCGCUACUGACAAAAAUCGACCCCGGCGCAACAAACGAUGAACUAGUACAGAAAGGAUUGGUAGCAGCCCCGGAGAGUAGUCCAGCCCCGUCCACUGAAAUUGAUUCUGAAGAGGAGUAUAACUCUGACCUUGAAAAAUACGACAAAGAAGUGAGUGAGAAAACUAUGAAAAGGAAAAAAGUGCCGGAAAUGAGACUUCGUCCUUAUCAACUAGAACUGGCAGAAAGCGCAAUAAAUGGUCAUAAUACAAUCGUGUGUGCUCAUACUGGAACCGGAAAAACGUGGGUCGCUCUUCAUAUUACAAAGGAGCACCUGUUGAAAAAUCCUGAGGGUCGUGUGGUUUUCCUUGCCAGAACAAAUGCUUUAGUUGAACAGCAAUUUAACUUGUUCCAAAAGUACAUUCCAGAUAAAAAAAUUUACCACUUACACACCGCCACGAAGGAGUGUCUAGGAAUGAACCUGGUGUUUGAGGACCACCACGUGUUUUUCCUGACGCCGCAAAUCCUACUGAACAACAUCAACAACAAAAGGAUCAGCCUGAGUGACGUAUCUCUGCUGAUCUUUGACGAGUGCCACCACACCAGGAAACGAGAGCCUUACAACAACGUAAUGAAGCAAUACCUAACGAUGAAGAGGAAGGAGAAAAAAGUUCCACAGGUAGUGGGUCUGACGGCAACAUUAGGUGUGGGGGAUUCCACCACGGAGAGCGGGGCGCUACAGCACAUGCUCAAACUCUGCGCCAAUCUAGACGUUUACGAUAUCUCGACUGUAACGAAAAACAUAGAGGAGUUCCAAAAACAUGUAGCUAUUCCAAAACGAGAGACGAUCAAAAUGGGAGAAAAAGAAAAGGACCCUCUAAAGAGUAUUAUUCUUCAAAAUAUUGAACGAAUUGAGGAGUAUAUCAGCACCACAGAAGUAAACAACAACAAACAACUAAACCCGAUGUGGCAGAAAAAGCCAAAACGGAAGGACGGUAAACACUACCAAAGGUGGACAGUCCACUUCCGGAACAAGGUGUCAUGUAAACUAAGGAACAACAAACAGCUGGUGCGAGAAGUUCACGCCGCCAUGACACAUCUAGCGGCUUACAACGAGGCCCUCGAUGUCAACUAUUUGAUGAACAGGGAUCAUGUCAUUGAACAUCUGCAGAGGAAAUUCGAGGAUGACCUCAAAACGAUUGACACCGCAAGUACAAAAGAAAAAGAGUUCCUACAAAUGAUAAUGGAAUUUUGUAAGAAGGCUGGAGAGAUGAAAGUCGAGAUGAAUCUCUACCUUAAGUUGAUGAGAGAGAAAAUGGUUGAAUUUGUGGGAGAAUACGAGGAAGUGAAGGGGAUGGUCUUCAUUCAGACGAGAGCCACAGCGUUCGCCCUGGCACAGUAUCUGAGUCAGGAGCUGGCAUCACUGGGGAUACGAGCAGCUCCGUUCACUGGGACCAACUCAUCGGAAACCAGUAAAGGAAUGCCGGAUGCACAGAAAAAUGAAACCCUGGACAACUUCCGUAAAGGCGAUGUGAACGUAUUGGUGGCGACCUCUGUCGGCAGUGAGGGGAUUGAUGUUCCUGACUGUAACUUUAUCAUCACCUACAACUACACCGGAAACGAGGCGAGCGUUAUCCAGAUGAGCGGUCGAGCGCGCAGACAUGGUUCCACUGUAGCUCACAUAUCUGACCAGGCUAUCCAGAGACGAGAGGAAGUCAGUCUUCAGAAGGCUAGACUAAUGGACGAAGCUUUCCGACGACUGUACAUGAUGCACCCAGAUGACCGUAUGGGUAAAAUCCUUAAAUACCAAUCUGAGAUACGAAACGUUGACGAUUCGCUUUCGGUGGACGAAGCGAGCAAAGCCAAGAAACCUUUCCAGUUAAUAUGCUUUAAAUGCCACGCCCAGGCCGUCAGCAACACUGACUUGAGGUUAUAUGUCGGACAGCAUCGUGUUGUGACGAAUCCCGACUUCCGGUCACGUUGUGAGUUUGACACCAACACGACGCCAUCUAGGUACACUAUAUCUAUCAUCAGGUGCGUCAAAUGCAAGCUGAAGUGGGGAACAACCUUCAAAAUCGAGACGCUGGAGAUCCCCGUCCUGAAAGUGACCGCCUUUUUGUUUACGACGGGAGGCGAGGAGCCCCAUCGAUUCAAGAAAUGGGGAAAAGUCAGCCUCCAUAUUGAAAGCAUCGACAAACAGGAACUUCUGGAUAUAUACAAGGACACUCCGGAAUUAGAAGAACCGGACGACUGAAGAAACGAAAAAAAAGAUAAGACCAUCUGUUACGAAUAUUGUCAUACAUACUAUCUAUUAUUCUUUUGAAUCAAUAAAACAAUAUCCGAUUACGAUUAUAUAAUUGUGAACAAUUUCAUUAUGAAAAUGGGCUUUAAUUUUUUAUCAUCUUUUAUAUUGAAUUAAAAAUUGAGAAUGUCUUGACAAAUAAAAUAACUUUAAAUAUUAA